CGAAAACCAAAAUAUUCAACUACUUUUAGGCUUUAUUUGCUCCAUAACCUAAACAUUUUCUUCUCCAAUCUUGCAAUGUCAAUGGUUUCCUUCGCUAUGUCUCACUUUUCUUCCACAUUGAGCUUCAAUUUCCCCACUAAAAUCCCCCAUCACACCACUUUUUCACGAUAUACCAAAUCUUUCACCAUCACAACUUCAGCUUCUUUGGAUUAUUCAACCGAUAAAUCCACAGUCUCAUUAAAGACUAGCAACUGGCAAUGGAAGUUUAAUGACAAUUCUAUCAAAAUUUAUUACGAGGAGCAUGGAAAUGAGAGUGAUGGACCAAGGAAAAACAUUCUCAUGAUACCCGCUAUUUCAGAUAUUAGCAGCGUUGAAGAAUGGAGAUUGGUGGCUAAAGACAUCAUCCAACGAUCUGGGAAUGCUAACUGGCGAGCCACCAUCGUCGAUUGGCCUGGUCUUGGUUAUUCUGAGCGGCCAAAAAUAGAUUAUAAUGCUGACGUCAUGGAGUCGUUUCUUGUUGACUUCAUCCUCGAUCAAAAUACUCCAGUUAACAGCCUUACGGAAGAUUUGGUGAUCAUUGGAGGAGGCCAUGGUGCGACGCUAGCCAUCCGUGCUGCUAAAAAGGGUUUGGUCAAACCAGCCGCCAUUGUUGCUGUUGCUCCCACCUGGUCUGGUCCUCUUCCCAUCCAUUUUGGUCGUGAUUCCAAGACAGAAUCAAGAUACAAAUUGCUUAGAGAUACCUUAAGGUCCCCAGUUGUAGGUUGGAUGAUGUACAAACUAACAGUGAGUAACAAGGAAUUCAUGCGACAUCAGUAUAAAUCUCAUAUCUAUGCUGAUUAUGCGAAUGUCACGUCAGCCAUCAUCGAUAGUAGACAUGAGCUGACAAAAAUGAAAGGUGCUCGUUAUGCUCCGGCUUCUUUCUUGACGGGUCUAUUUGACCCUGUGAAGACCCGUGAAGAGUUUCUUGAACUGUUUGAAGGGUUAGAGGAUAAAGUACCAGUCUUGGUUGUAUCCACUUCUAGUGCAAGAAAGAAGUCGAAAGCAGAAAUGGAAGCUCUUAGAGAAGCCAAAGGUGUGAGUAAGUUUGUGGAGGUUCCUGGAGCCCUCCUUCCACAAGAAGAAUACCCUUAUUUAGUUGCAAGAGAGAUUUAUAGUUUCUUGCAAAAUAUAAUAUAA